AUGUUAGCGCACGCUUUCAACUUUCAUUUCAAACACUUUUUAACCCUAACCCUCACACUCCGCUUCCUUCUUUUCCCGCCUCGCCUUCUUCAAGAGCGCACUUUGCGUCCUGUUUUCUUCUUCCUCUCUGACUUACCAUUCCUACGAUUUUGGUAUCACUUUCAUGUUUUGUUUACCAAGAAAUCAUUUUCUGUUUGCUUGAGAUAUUUUUCCAUUCUUUACAGACUUCAUUUCCUUCUUCUUUUGACCGUUCCAGAUUUCUUUCUUUUAACUUCUUCCCACAGUAUUUUCUUUCUUUCUUUCUUUCUUUCUUUCUUUUCUUUUUUCCAAUAUUUGUUUUUUUCUAGUCAUAUUUGUUUGUGUGUUUCUUUCUUUCUUUCUUUCUUUCUUUCUUUCUUUCUUUCUAAUAUUUAUGUUCGUGAUUUCUCUCUCUUUAUACUUAUUGUUAUCGCUGUCAUUGUUCUCCACCCCGGCUCCACCUCCUUUUCCUUCUUAUUCAUCAUCAUAAUCGUGACCAUGAGCAUCAUAAUCCUUAUAAUCUUCUCUUUUUUAUUUCCUAUUUUCCUUUCUUUCUUUUUUUUUCUUUUCAUCUUUUGA